CUACAACUGGCUAGCAACUUCUUAACAAUGUGUGACGAAGUGGAAGCCAUUUUGUGAUAUACUUUCGAGCAGUUCCGGAGCUUCUUCAGGAACACAACUGGUUCGGCUGAUAUGCGUGUAAACGUGAUGAAACCAGAUCCGGAGCCAAUAAACUACGCAUCAAGUUUCUCAGAACAGUGUGAUAGUGGGAGAUUCAGCCUGUCAUGUUCUACUGACGUCAAACCAAAUGCUGUGCAAGGUUUAAAACCUGUCUACAGCGUGAAUCCACAGGGGAUUAUUUUGAACAGCCAGUAUAGGCCAACUCAGAUAGUGGACUACCACCUGUCCGAAUCGCCUGUGCUUCAUGGAAGUAGAGAAUCUUUGACACAGACUUAUCAUCCUCCUGUGCCUAAUACCGUCGUUUCCAGUGUUCACGCCUUUCCAGAGCAUACGGAUGCUUUGGAAACGAUUCAGUCUCACCUUUCGGCCUAUUCGGCAUCAGCGCAAAAUGGUGCACCUGUGAAUUUAUCCGUUCAGACAGGAGUAAUGAUGGACGCAACUUCCGAUGGUAUGGCUCAAUCUGCUGCUGCAACUAGGCCCAACCACGGGCUUUCCUCUCCCUCUAUGAGGUGUACACGUACAAACUCGCUGUCACAGGAGCCUUUCCCAAGAUCUCUUGCCCCACUCGGUCCUGUCGCUCCCGCUGCUGAUACUCCCACUGUUCCCACUAUCUGCGUUAUUUGUGGAGACCGAGCAAGUGGGCGUCACUACGGCGUCGUAUCUUGUGAAGGAUGUAAGGGGUUUUUCAAGCGAACAGUACGAAAACAGGUCCAGUAUGUUUGUCGGGGUUCUGGAGACUGUCCUGUGGACAGACGUAAACGUACCCGAUGUCAGGCUUGUCGUUACGACCGGUGCAUCUUGAAGGGUAUGAAACGAGAAGCUGUUCAAGAAGAGCGCCAUCGCUACACUCGUGUGAGCAUUCCCAAACUUCCAACGCUAGAUGCGACUGCCAACAACUCGACUCCGUUAUCACAAGCUUCUUUCGUGGAUCACAAACUGAGUGAUGAUUCGGCUUUUUCCGGUUCACCUUCUGUCUCGUUCCCUACUGGCAGUUCUGGUAGUUCUCAAAACAACUCGACGGAGGCGGCGAAUGAACCGACUGGUCGACCUCUCCUCCCUCCAGUCACAACACUGACUUGCUUGCCAGAAUUGACCUUGUCCAGUUUAUUGGCUGCGGAGCUCAGCACGGACGCAGAACUUCCCACAACCGAAGUUGGUGAACUGGUCUAUGUUGAUAUUGGAGAAGACAACAUGGAUCCUUUGGUUGUGAUCCUUCACUCAGUCGAGGAACAAUUGCAUCGCCUGCUCAGCUGGGCCCGUCAGUUGCCGUGUUUCUCACAACCGUACCUGUCUGUAGAUGAUCAAUUUUGGUUGCUCAAAUCGGCCUGGCCUGAAUUACUCCUGAUCAGUGCCGCAUUUAACUCUAUCGUUGUCAACGAAGGCCUACUUUUGGCCAAUGGACGGCAUUUGAGUCUGUCUACUGCCAGGCUGCAUGGGCUAGGUCCUUUGAUGGAUCGCUUUCUGACGGAACUUGUCUCGCGUUUUCGGGAACUGGGUCUGGAGCGCGUGGAACUUGCUCUGCUCCGAGCCAUCAUUCUGUUUAAUCCAGACGCAAAUCAUCUCGUUGCUCGCACCCGCGUUGAAUCCAUUCGAGAAAAUCUCUACGCAGGUCUGCAUUCCUAUUGCGUCACAGGUCACGCGAGUGACACUUCCCGUUUCACAAAGCUUUUAUUACGACUCCCGCCCCUCCGAUCGAUUGCGCAAAAGUGUUUGGAACAUUUGGUAUUUGUCAAAUUGGCCGCCGAAGAUCCAACCAGCCGUCGCCUGAUCAAUCUUGUCGAACAUGGUGUGUGGCCAUCUCGUGAACAAUCAUCACAGUCUUUCGAGCCAAACGGAAAAAUGAACAAUAUCAACCUGUGACCACCAGAAUCAUCUGUAGGACGCGAUUGAUUUGAUACCGUCUCAGUCCGGUGACCACUGAGUAAUCAAUCGGUCCAAACUCCACUCCAUGCUUUGCGCUGUCGAAAUCCUCAUCAAUAGAUCUCUUCACAUUGGGAACCGCUUUCUCCUCUCAGGUGUAAUUUUCGUAUUUACCGUUCCUUCUUUUUACGAUAAUUUUCAAAGUGAAAUUUG